UGGCGUGGCCGGGGGAGCCCCUCGUGGGGACUGACUGCACCUGCCAGAGGACCGGAGCUCCCAAGGCUGGAUGCAAACCAUCGCCAAACAAACACAGUGUAGUUCAUGUGCAUCAGUGUGCUUCCCCUGGAAUAGUUGUGUGACCUUCCCGCCGCCUUUUUGAUGCAUCAUCCUGAGGUUGGGGGUCCCCCCUCGCCCCUGUUGUUGCAGCCUGAAAAGCAACGCGUGGCACAGGAAAGGCGUUUAAGGGUUUCGCGGUGGGCUCCCCCCGCCUGGCCAGAGAGGGGUUCGAGCGAGGAGUGCAGUGAUCAGCAUCUCUCGUGCCAUGAUCUCGCUUGGUUGUUAUUGACAGAGCAUCCUGAAGCGCGGCUGGCGGGAGAAGCCUCUGAUGGCUUGCAUGGAGCUGCUGUACCUCGCCAGGGAGGGCAGGCGAUCCGAUCUGUGCAACGAUGUGGACUGGAGCUUGCGUGCCUCUCCCUACGAGCCGCACAGUAGGGGUGAUGGGAGCGCGAGAACGGCCACGGCAGUGGCAGCUCUCUGCUGCGAGAGGCACUGCAAGUCCACACAGAGGGCAGUCCUAGCAGGUCCCACCACUCCUACCUCCUCCACCUCUGGGCCGUGUCCGGAAGCAUUGGGCAGCACCCAGCCCUGCUGCCAGCCGGCUCCCCUGGAUGGAGAAGAGGAGGCAGACAAGAAGAGAGCCUGCUGCUGUGCUCAGGAACUAGAGACCUCAUUUACUUCCGUGGAUGAAAAUGUCAACCUGGAGCAUCCAAAAAGCGCCCCUUCUGUUGUGAGCAGCUGCUGUCAGGGCCAGGACCCCCCUCCUCAGGACAGUUCUUGCAGAGAGAUCCCACUUGAGUGGGUUCAUGAUUCUCCCUCUCUGAUCUCUGAGGAAGAGGAUGACGCUGCCUCGGAAGCUGCCUCAGGGAAAUCUAUAGAUUAUGGGUUCAUUAGUGCCAUCUUGUUCCUGGUUAGUGGAAUUUUGCUAGUGAUUAUUUCCUAUUUGGUACCCAGAGAUGUGACUGUGGAUCCUAACACUGUAGCUGCCAGGGAGAUGGAGAGACUGGAGAACGAGAGCGCUAGAAUCGGAGCUCACUUGGAUAGGUGUGUGAUCGCAGGUCUGUGUCUCUUAACUCUGGGGGGCGUGGUGCUGUCCAGUUUAUUAAUGAUGUCUAUGUGGAAAGGGGAGCUGUACAGGAGGAAUAGAUUUGCAUCCUCCAAGGAGUCUGCAAAGCUGUAUGGGUCUUUCAAUUUCAGAAUGAAAUCGGGCCCCAAUGAUAACACGCUGGAGUUAUCAUUAGUGGAAGAGGAUGCACUGGCUAUAGAUAAUUAGUGUAGUCGUGAUUUCUCAGGCAGCACUUGUACAGAAAAGGAAGUUUUAUUUGGAAAGCAAGGACAGCUAAAGAUAGCUAGUGAUGCAGUUUUUGCCUGACAGGAAAGGUUUUCCUUUAAAGUUUAUAAUUGAUUUUUUCCAUUAUAUGGAUACUUGUUCUUAGGGAAAACAUGCAAGAGAUAAUAUAAUCAAUAUAAAAUAUACUUUCUGGUGAAAGCAGUGAAUACAGAUUUGUGAUUGCCAGGUUCCUUAAAUGCUCCUUUAUCCUGUUAUAAAAUAUACGCCUCAGUGUCUUUCCUGGGAUCACCCCAACACAGAACACUAACAUCCUGCCUCCCUAGAAGCUGUUAUUGUAUCAGCCUACAUAAGGAUUAUUAACAGUCUACUUAGUAGAUGUGCUAAGGGAUAUGACCAAUAAUCAAGUUGCAAGACUGACAUUUAAUUAAGGAUGACAGUCUUUUUUUUAUAUGCUUUCAUUUUUAAGCUGCCCUCUUUUCUUGCUGUGACUGGCAUGAGUGCAUCAUGCAUUCAUUUACCACAAAUAUCUUUUCUGCCCAACUAGUAGCAUAAUUAAUGAUGAUUAUUAAAAUAUAGAAUAAAGGGUAAUGGGCAGUGGAUUAAAUGGCUCAAGGCUUUGAUAGUAAAAUAAAGGGCCUUUCUUCUUUAGGUCAUUGGUUCAACUGCAAUUACAAUCUGUAGUGUUAGGAAAAAUGUUAACUUCCAUGGCUGCUAACUCCUGUGAAGUUAGUUUAGUGGAUAGAUGCUGGACACCUGUCCUGAUAGGGCAACUGCACUGCCAUAACUUGACAUCUAUUGCGCUCUUUUUUGGAGUCUCAAAAAUGCUGAAGACUUAACUAGGAUGGAGAUAGAACAAUUUUCUCACAAAGUACCUCCUUAGAAGAGGGAGCAGAACUCUGCUUGUUCUGAAGUUGUCCGUAUCAUCUGUCCUCUUCAGAUGUAGCUUUUAAUCCAUUAUGGCUACAAACCCUUCCAAUUUCCCAAGAAGUGAAAAAAGCAAGGUGUUGCAUUUUGCAUGGGUCAGAAAAUAGCUUUCUAUGCUACUCCAGUUAGCAGCCUAUUUCUUUAUCAGCUGCUUUAAAAAGUCAAUGUCACAGGGAGAAAUGUUAGGUAUCCAGCCACUGAGUGACAGAUAAUGAGUUCAUAUACUGUAGCAAGUCAAAGAUAGGUGAUAUUAUUAGUGGCAUGGGUAGCGCAGUGGCCAAAAAAUUAAACUCUAAAGGAAACUAUUGUCAGCCAUCUUCUGGGGAAGGCUGUAAUAGUUGUGUUUUAUAUCUUUUGUUUGGGGGAAAUAACAAAUAAACAAACAGCAUACAUGGUAGAGGCGGCUAGCCUGAAGCUUGCCAGCCACAUGAAGCUCCUGGAAAGUUUCAUUAUGGCUUCUGAAGAAACUUAAUCUAACAGCGAUCUAUUAUUUGUGCUGGGAUGCUGUAUGGGUGCUGUAUGGUGUGAGAUCUGGGAGUGUGUCCAAGAGUCCUUGGCCACGUUGAGAUUUUGGUUUACUGCAGAGCGUUAGGAGGUUUGGUCACCCCUGUUAUAUAACAAUAUAAUUUUUUUAUUUACUCCAGUUGGGCACAUUCUGAUCCACUGACAAGAUCCACUGGUCCACUGGUUUAAAAAUGGUGAAUUAUUGUUAAAAUAACAAACCCCCUCAAAUAAGUGUCAUUCUCAUUUCUUAAAUCUAUUUGAAUUUCGAAUGCAUAUCAGAGGAAUCAGCCUCUCAUCUGAGGCUGAAACCUAAUGUUGUUUUGACUUUGCUAACUCAGACCUAGGGUGUACAGGCUCUCAGUAUUUCCACUUCAGCCUUGCAUGAAUAGUCCAGAUCAUGAGUACUGCUACUCUGUAAGACGGAGUAGCCCACAGCUGCAGCUAAGCUGUCUUAGCAGAGGGUGUUGAAAAUAAGCAUCUACUUUAAAGCGCAGGAGGUACUCUGAGAAGAACACUCAACAGUUUGGGACUCAAAACAACUGAAUAAGAAGAUACUCUUUAUACUUGAUCUGUGCUCUGAUUAGGUAUGUUUGGGAAGGAGCUUGCCACCUUAGCUCUUUCUUUUAAUUCUGUAAUAUUGCAGUGUGUUUUUCAGUUAAUAUAAAUAGACUGCAGAUCCCUUCCUUCUCACCUCUUUAUGGGUGAAGUUGCAUGUUACACCUGGACCAAACUAAGGCAACUUAAAAUGCAAGCAUCCACACAUUAAAGCUCGUUAACUUGUGCUAAGGGCCCUCUGAGCAUUUCAAUGUUAUGCCACUUCAGACCAGGGCUAACUCUGGGCUGUGCUACCUAACUCAUUUUAGACUAACUUCAGUCUGCUCCACAGAGAUAAAAUGAACUAUUUGUAAUUCUCCAACAUCCCUGGAUGCACUGCUCCCAGCCUCCUCUCCACCCAGAGCAGGGAUAGAGUCCUGGCUCCUAGCUACAUCCAUGCACACCAGCCCUUUAGUGGCAAAUCAGAGCUGUGCAGGCAAGAAGCACUCUAGAAACAGUCCUAACCCUUAACAUGAGACUGCUCACAGCAUAUUCGGACUUCAGCACCGGCUAACAUUCUGUCGAUUUAGUAACGACACCCUGUGUUAUGGUGGGAAGCAGGGAGUCCUGAGGAAGAACACUGAGGAGUCUAUUAUCCACUACAAGUCCAUUAUACCCUUCUCUCUGGCUGCUCCAUAUCACGAGUUAAAUGAAGGACUUGUAUUUGAUGUUGAGCUGGGGUCAGCCUUUUUUGUUCAGUUAAUCCUGUGUGCUUGCAUUCACACAGGAUUAUGAAGCAUUGUUUACCCAGUUAAUAGAUUUAGACACCAAAGGCAUCUAUAUCUCUCUUUCCUAAAGGCCCACUGACUGACACAGUAGCCAUCUUACAGCCAGCCAGAAGGAUCUGAACUCAUUCCUGUUUUCCUACUGUUCAUAUUACGUUAUUUGUAAGUAAUGUUGUAUUGUUCUGGUGCUUUAAUGUUGGCUCAGAAAUAGAGAUGCCACUCAAAAUGUUAUGGCAUGCAGACUGUCAUUUCCUUCAUUGUUGUUUUGUAGUUUUGGGGACAGAUAUAAGGCCAUUGUAACAGGAGCACAGUGGACCAUGCCCACGUUCCAGAAGUGUGUGUUUGUGUGUGAGGGCUGGGAUUCACCGGGGUAAGCAUCUAAACACUGGUUUUAGGGGCCAUUCCUGUGGCCAUGCGGAUGUGCCAUCAUUAAUCCAGUUCUUACCAGGAGUAAAUUUCAAAAAUCAAAAAGAGCUUCUACAUCCAUGUAAGAGGUGGUGCUUUGGCCCAUCUGAAUCCAGAAGAAUGAUGAACAGAGAUGAUAAAAAGAACUGUAAUACGGGUAGGGAAGAUUUUUCCCCUGCCAACCCUUUCCCCCAGGUAGAUGAUGGUCUGCUACUGGCCCUUACUGGCAGCAGCAUGCUACUCAGACAAUGCUUCCUCUCAGUCAUGGUUGGCAGUAGCAUAACUAGGGAUGGGUGAGCAGAGCACCAGCCCUGCAUGCCAAUUUAGAGGGGAUGGCAGAAUGGUGGCCCCAUGUGGGGAGGCUGCUUUGCAGCUGUAUCAGCCCACACCUGGCAGCAGCUGUAAUAGCAGUUCGUAUGCUGUAAAACUCUCUGGCACUUGGCAUUUUCCUUCUCUCCACUCUUGGGUGCAAAUUCCUCUCUGCCCAGGGUGCCAAAUUCCUCUGCUGGUUACACCUCUAACAGUUGGGGUGUGAUGCCCACUACAUAGUGGUGUUUUAGUGGGGUUUCUUAGUCCUAUAUGUCCAGGUGUGAAGCCCAAUGAAACCACACUAUAGGAGGCGGGUAAGAUAGAAGACUACUGUAUCUCCAUAGCCUCUGUCUGUCUGAGCUUCCUAGGACAGAGGCUAACAUUUACAGAGAAGCUCCAUCCAGCAAAGCUUAAACAGGCUUUUUUCUACCUAUGACAAUUUGUUGAAUGGGUGGAGAAACUUGCUAGCCUCCAUGGGCACAUGCAGUGCAUCACACUUAGUCUGAUGUGAGGCCUGUAGUUGGAAAUUAAUUGCUCUAAAUUUUUAAUCACACUGGAAAAGGUCUGAAGCAGAGGCUAGUAAUUUUUCAGAUUUGUUGUUUUUAUUUUUUUUUAUUAUACCUACAUGUAAAAUUGGAAUAUGUUUUUAUAGCCACAAAAAUACAGUAGCUGAGGCUAUAAAGUUUCCAAAUCCGUUAUAAGAACCAUGGCAUGCCUUAAUGCUUGUUGUUAGCACUGGGAAAGAGAAUAUUUUCCAUACUGUAUUUUGUGAGAAGUUUUCUGACUCUUUGCAAAAUCCUGUCACCAAUCAUGAGUGAACUGUUUUUAAAGAAUCCUCAGGGUUUCCAUAAAUGUUUUAAGGAAGAAAAGCUAAUAAAAUGGCCUCAGUCUACACAGCAAAAUGUGGGAAAUCCAAAAACGUAAUUAAUGUAGUUUACAUGGUUUCUUUCUCUUACAAUAUUGUUUACUAUAGAAAAGGGAAAGUGAGGCUUUCAAGAGCGGAGAUUACCUGGGGUAGGAAAUAAAGCAUUAUGACAUUUUCUCAAUCCCAGGCUUCAGGGAGUGAAUGAUGGGCUAAUACAACAUUUCACUUUUAGGUCUCUGGUUCUAAUGAAGCACAGCAUGCUAGAGACCAAAGCCUGUCGCUGAUGGCUGGUGGUGGCCAGUAGUUUGUAGUUUCAGUCCAAAUGUUCACAUCCACAUCACAGUGGAUAAAUGUUCACAUCACAAAAAUAACCUCUAACCCCAAGCAGAAAGUCUCAGCAAAAUUUAAGGAUUAAAUGGCAUGAAGAAUGAAUUGCCCCUUCCUAUGCAGCGGUGACUCAAGUGCUCCUGCUCAGAGCUAAUGGAAGAGAAGGGGCAGCCUGGGGAAGUUUACCAUCACUGCCCACGUACUCUGCCAAGAUCAGUGGGAGCCUCCAUUAUUUGGGUUUAUAAAUCUGGCAUUUUACAUGUAUACCAAAAUUUUCCCAGCUGGAUCUAGGAGGCUGAGUAAAACUGGAAGGCACUGGGAUAAUAAAUCAGGAUGUGCCAACCACCCUCUACUAAAUGACAGAUCAGUCAAAAGCUAAGUUGUGGACAAGACUUGACCUAAUCCCAGAUCUUUACCAUUUACCAGUUCUCUCUUGCAUGGCCAGACCUAAGAUCCAGGUAGUCUGCAUAAGCUAUUAAAGGGAUUCUUACUCUCCAACUACUGCCAGGCCUGCAGAUGUUGUCCAGGUCAGAAGCUGACUUUAAGAAUAAUCGAAAUUAGAAUUUAACCUGCAGCUUAGUUUUACCCAUUUGUCCACAGGGGUAAUUUGGGGUUGUUUUUUUCCUUUCUUUAAUUAGAAAUUUGUGACCAAUACUAAACUGAAUAAAGCCUACUUGCAAGUAUUGCAAAACAAGGACCAUCAUAAAAUGAUCUUUGGUUCUGUUACUUAGUUUUGGUAACCACCCUGUUUACCCAGGGACAGCCAGCCUUAUUUUCUCACUGCCAUCCUCUAAUGCUAGACCUGAAGCCUAGAAAAUCAUUUUAAGCUCUCUCCUGGAAAGCCAUUCUGGGUUGUUGCUGUUUUAAUAUGUUUACAGUUUUUAAUCUUUUUAAUUAUUUUAAAACUCUGUCUGUAGUAAAUAAUGUUUACCAACUGGGAAAAUGACUGAUUUAAUUUUGUAAAUCUGCAUUUUGAACUGCUACAGGGCAAAAUGUUACAGUUAAUGUGAGCUUUUCAAUAGUGCAUUUGAUGCCUUAUUAUAAUAGUAACGGUGUUCUGUACAGGUGUAAAAUAAAAAACAAU